AUGGUUCUCCUGAAGCAUGAAAAAGUAGUGAUAGUUGGAGCAGGAUGUUUUGGCAUAUCCACAGCAUACCAUCUACUUCAACGUGGAUACACCGAUGUUACAGUGCUAGAUCGAUCUACUGUCCUCCCCGCUCCAGAUGCAGCAAGCAACGAUCUCAAUCGUGUUGUCAGAAGCUCCUAUGAUGAUGCCUUUUAUGCCCGACUUGCGCGCGAAGCUAUUUUGUCAUGGAAAGACCGAAAGGCAUGGGGUGACACUUACCAUGAAUCUGGUGUCGUCGUUUUGGGGGAUUCCGGUCCUGGAAAAGAAACAUAUGCCGAUAAGUCGUUGCAAAACGAUAUUGCAAUGGGUGCCACGGUCAAAGUGUUGAAAGACAGCAACGCAAUUCGUUCUUUGUUUCCUCCUCAAGUAAAUACUGGGUCUUUCGAAAAUUGCGCAGGGUAUCUGAACUCUGAUGGUGGUUGGGCCAAUGCUGGUCAAGGAUUGGCAAUUAUGAUCGGCAAAGUUAGAGAUUUGUCUGGGAAAGUCGUGCCGGGUAAAUCUGUGGUCAAAAUACUUCGGGAAGAGGAUGGUUUAACUGGUGUUGAAUGUAGCGAUGGUACAGUAGUUGAGGCAUCUUUGGUAAUUAUUGCAUCGGGGUCUUGGACACCUUCACUAUUCCCCGAGCUAGGAUUAGAGAGUAUGUGUCUUGCAACGGGACAAUGUGUAGCAAUGAUACAGCUGUCUGACUCCGAGGCCGAUGUCUACAGAGAUUGCCCUGUGGUGGUAGAUUUUAGUUCCGGGUUUUACAUCUUUCCUCCCAAUGCCGGCAAUGUCGUAAAGAUGGCCUUUCAUUCCGCUGGGUUUACCCACUUUGACGAAACUAACGGCACAAUUUCUACCCCCCGCACAUUGACGUCCAACCCUACCGACGGAUUGCUGAUACCUCGAGAUUCUCUCCAGGAUAUGCGAACAUAUCUAGGCAAAAUAUAUCCGGAUCUCACUAGGAAACCCUUUUCUGCGACGAGAUUAUGCUGGUACAAUGAUUCCCCAGACGGUAAUUGGGUAAUUGGUCGUCAUCCAAAAAAUCAAAACAUUAUCAUCGCCACAGGUGGCAGUGGGCAUGCCUACAAGUUUCUUCCUGUGAUUGGAAGCCUGGUAGCAGAUGUUGUUGCAGACGAACUUAAAGCUGAAUUAGUCGCAAAGUUUGCACUAGACAGGGUGAUAUCACAGGUCGACGCAUCGCGUUCUGGCGCAGCAAAAAAACUCGAUAUAAACACGUUCUACAGCAUCGAGGAUCUACAACCUCGAUAA